AUGGCCAGCUCCGCCUACCGCCGGCUGCUGCGCGACUUCAAGAAGGUGACCGCCAACGACGCUCCCGAGGGCAUCUCGGCCGCCCCGGUCGGGGACGACCUGUUCCAGUGGACCGCCAUCGUCUUCGGCCCCGCGGACACUCCCUGGGAGGGCGGCGUGUGGAAGCUGGACAUGGCCUUUCCCCCGGAGUACCCGGACAAGCCGCCGACCGUCCGUUUCCGCAACGAGGUCUUCCACCCCAACGUCUUCCCCGACGGCCAGAUAUGCCUCGACCUCCUGCGGGCGACGGGCGCCGCCGCGGGCUGGUCUCCGUCCUACGACGCGGGGCCCGCUCGGCUGCCCCCGCGGGAAGCCUCCUGGCUCAGUGAUCGGGGCGCCCCGCGCGCGGGCCGCCGCAUGCCUGUGGCGUCUCUCGGCGUCAAGAAGCCGAAGAAGCUGAAGAAGGGCCCGAGGAAGCACGACCUCGAUGGCGACAACAGCGACGCCUCAGGGACCACCACCGCUCAGCCUCCUGGUGGCGCAGGUGUUUCUGCUGCUCUCUCUGCAGAUAAUCUCCCUGCCCCUGCUGAUGGCGACCCUGCUCAUGGCGCUCAUGGUGAAGAUGAAAAUGAAGAUUGGGGCUGGGAAGAAACUGGACCUGACGAGUACUUUCGGUACCUGGCGAAAGAGGAGGCCACCAAGCUGCUACGCGAACACAAGCAGACGAUGCUGGACUCCAUCAGAUCCACGGUGGACGAGGCCAUCAACCCCUUCGCCGAGCAGUUCUCCAAGCACGCCGAGUCCGCUGCUGAACUGGCCCAAGGUGUCAAGGAGCAGAUCGACGGGAUGCAUAUUCGGCUGCGUGCCCAUGAGACCAGACUGGACACCCAUGACUCCGACAUUUCCUUCCUCAAGGCCGAGAUCAGCAAGCUGCACGAGCUCCUCGCCGUCGCCAAUGAUGUCCCAAAGGCCCCGCUGCUCUCCGCCGCCGGCUUUGAUCGUGACGCCGACCCGUGUGUUAUCAAAGUCAUUGCAGCCAAGCUCACGGCCCUCGACCAGGUUCAGCAGACCCUCUCUGAUUGGAUCACCGAGGUCGGUGUUGAGCCAAAAUUCUUCAAGAUCUCUUUCCCUGAGGCCGUCAGCCGCAGCUUCUCCAUCAACUUCGUUGGUGCACCCGCCCCCGCUGCUCGUCGAGUUGCCAAAGUGCUCGGUGCCCAACGCCUCGGGCCUGGCCAAUGGAAGCGCUUCGAGACCACCGCAGCAGACGGACAGUCCACGGCUCUUCAUAUCGGCCCCGACAAGAACCCGCGUCAUAUUCGCAUGGAGAUGCAGGGGGCCCAGGUAAAGGCCAGCGUGCUCAAGCUGCCAAGUGGUCUAAGAAAUUGGCACCUCUCAUGGAGGUCACGUCGGAUCGCAUGCCACAGUCAUGCCUUUCCCCGCGUCCUGGGGCUUCCUGAGACCUUAGCCGAGAAGGAGGUGAGCGACCACGCAGCUCAGUCUUGUUUUUUCUCACAGCGCUCCACAAAGCCCGAGGGGUAUCGGAAGAUCCCGAGGCACAUUUUCGAGUCCAAAGCGUUCCAGGACUUGUUGGAUACCGUUACUCGGCAGCUAGAUUUCACGCCCCGCUCACCUCCCGGGCAGAUUGAACUCUUCAAGUGGGCAGUUAAUGAAGUUGCGCGAGAGAUUCGCGAUCGUCUUAUGCGGCACGACUCCGAGGCACUGGGCUCUCAGCUCCUUCUAGCGAGUGGAGCGAAGCUUUGCAAGUGCGUCAUGCUGACCUCCAACGCCGUCACCUGGAGGCAGAGCUCGCUGGUGGACGUUCUACCCCUCAACUCCGCCACCAACUUCAAGCUCUCGAGAGGCGUGCAUCUAUUUGGUCACCACUUUCUCGUCGGCUGGUCCUUCAAGGCAUCAAAGAUUCAGCGAGGCUUUAUCCCACAGAGGAACUUUGGAGUGAACAUUCUGGAGCUCGACACGGUCAGCAGGGUCUACUCAGAUGUGCCGUCAGCCGAAUCCAAUGUCCCUGUCUUGGUUGCACUAGACUAUGGCGCUGCUUUCCCCAGUCUCUCUCAGGAGUUCAUGCGUGCGGUGCUCAACGAGAUGCAGGCGCCGCGUGCCUGUCUGUCCAUCAUCGACCAGCUGUACUUAGAGCUCGAGGCUUUUGCAAUGGUCCGCAAUACUCCUACCCAUGCCUGGUGGGUUACGUCUGGCAUUGUCCAGGGCUGCUCAUUGAGCGGCUCCCUCUACGCUGCGGCCACUGCCCCAUUCCUCGUCGAUCUCCAGCGCCAGCUUGAGGCACCGAGGAGAGGUAUUGCGAGAGCUUGUGCCGACGACAUUGGUGCAGCCAUCAGAGCCAUCCUCAGCCUGUCCAUCUUAGCGGACAUCAUGCUUCUUGCCGAAAGAUUUGCCACGCUGUCUUUGAGGAUCGACAAAUGCAACCUCGUCCCGCUGCACAAGCCAUUCUCGGAAGCUGAGGCAUCAGAGGUUCGCCCGCUGCUCUGUGCACAUGUUCCAUUCUUCAAUCGCAUCAACAUAGUCGAGUCCCUCAAGCGCCUUGGGCUUAUUCUUGGUCCUGCAGCCGAUGCUGACUCGUGCUGGACAGCUCCUGCGAUGAAGGCUCAUGAACGAUCCAAGCUGGUUGGCCACAGUCACCUUCCCGUGUCUCGCUUGCCAGUUCACCACAACAUCCGCAUCACCGCAGUGCUGUCGUAUGUCGCCCCAUUCCGUAUGAUGCCGCAGUGGCUAGUGCAGAGCGAACUUGUGGCAUUCGUGGAGACGCUGUUCAACAUCAAACACGGUCCGUUCCAGCCCGCGAUUUACACACGCGAGCUGCUGUCUAUUGCGCGCCAGGCAGCUACGCAUCGUCUCCUCGUCCAGCCUUCUGGUGUGGGCCUGCAGAGGUACAUAACGUUGGCGGUCAAGAAGCACCUUAUCUCUCGUCCGGUUUGGAACGUACUGGUCGUGCGGCUCGCCCUCGCCCAUCCCGACAUGUACUGUGAUGGUGCAUCUAAGGUGCCUGCGGCGAGAUGGUCCCACAUCGCGAAAUGCCUUCGCUCUUGCUCAACCUUGUGGGCUAUGGCGUAUCUGAAAUCUGCUGCCAACGGAUGGACUACGUCUUCCCGCAUCCUUGGUGACCGCGGACGCCUUCCCUGCCGCUUUGGUUGCGCGGGCGCGGCAGACCAGCUCAAGCACUAUCUUUCGUGCCCGAAGUUCCGCAACAUCUGCGAGGAGGUGCUUGGCUUCUCUCGGCCUGAUCACCCGCUCGGUCGUCUAGGCCUCUUCGGAUCCGCGGUGGAUAUCGGCAAGGUGGUCUUCGACAUAGUGGUGAUGCACUUCGCCUACCAUGCGGCGUCACGCGCUGCCCCGUCUGGGACCUGUCAGAUGGAUGUCGACCCGCUGGUGACCAAGCCUCUAUCCAGAACGGCUGAGGAAGCCUCUGUGGAGUACGAAUACCUCCCCGACGACGGCACAGCCGCCCACGCCGACCACCCUUCGCCCACGGACGAGGACCUCCGCACAAAGGAUGCAAGUUAUGACAAUCCUUCGCUAUCGGUCAAGGGCCUUCCACCUCCAUUCGAGGACGAUCUCAUGAGCGACGACGAGUGCGACUACCUGUUGCAUCGUCGAUGGCUGGUCCACCUCCUGUGCACCAUGGCGGCGCAGCACUUGUCGGGCAACCUCGCCCUAGACCUCAUCUUCCUUCUGGUGCUCACAGACGGCUACUCCGUCCCCAGCGGCGUCCACAGGAGGAUCCCAGAGUGCUACUCCGUCCUCGUUUGCCUCCUCGUGUGCGCGCUGCGGGCCAAGGGGGAGGUGGAGGAUUCUGAGUUCCUCCCACUGAUUCAUGAAGCCGACAACCGGCCGACGGACAUGACGGAGUCCGACCCGAACUUUCUCGAGCUGGCGGCGGAGAUCGAGGGAGGUGUUUUCCCUGACCAUGUACCUGAUGUUCAUCACGAGCUUGACGACCUCAUGGGCGUCCACACCGACGACGGCGACGACAUCGAGUCCCUCCUCGUCGGCAACCCCCUCGACGUCGACACGAUGCCCCUGAGAGGCAUCGAGGCGGGCCUGCCGGCGAUGGCGGAGGCUCAGUUCCCCGCCGGACUGCAGGCCACCGUGCCCAGCAGCGGCGCCAGUGCGGGGCAGCUGCCGGUCACCACGGCCAUGAUGGGCCAGUACCCUGGCCUGGAUCAGCAGGCCAUGCUGUCUCAGGCCAUGAUGGCCCAGCAGGCUCUGCUCGGGCAGCAGGCGCUGCUGGAUCCGCAGGCCCUCCUGGCCCAGCAGGCGAUGCUGGGGCAGCAGGCCCUGCUAGCUCAGCAGGCGAUGCUGGGCCAGCAGGCCCUGCUGGGCCAGCAGGCGAUGAUGGGUCAGCCGGCGCUCCUGCCCCAGCAGCCCGCGCUCGGCCAGCAGGCCCUGCUGGCGCAGCAGCCGGCGCUCGGCCAGCCGCUGCUCGCCCAGCCGCUGCUCGGCCAGCACCCGCUGCUCGCGCCGCCGGCGCUCGGCGGACAGCCGCUGCUCGGCCAGCAGACGCUGCCCGCCGGCGGCUGUGGGCAGCCGCUGCUCGGCCAGCAGGCGCUGCCCGCCGGUGGCUGCGGAGCCCUGGAGCAGCAGACCGCGCCAGGCCUGGAGGCUGCGGCAGCGGCUCCCUCUGGCGGCAAGGGGUUCGGCAAGUCGCCCCUGCCGGGCGAUUGGAAUUGUCCUGCCUGUGGGGACUACCAGUUCGCGAGGAACACGCACUGCCGCCGCUGCGGCAGCCUGAAGCCGCCGGACGCCGGCCUCACGGGCGCCGUGGCGGUGCAGCCGGCGGUGGGCGUCCUGACGCGCGGGCUGGAGGCCCGCCCUGGCGACUGGUCCUGCCCGCAGUGCGGCAUGCACGUAUUCGCGAGGCACCAGGUUUGCCCCAAGUGCGGCACGAAGAAGCCGGAGAACGCGGACAUGCCGGUGGUCCAGGAGAACCAGGAGGCGGCACCGGGCGGCUUCGUGGGCGGAGAGGGGUGGCAGGCGACCGCCGACGGCAACGACUGGCUGCCCCCGGGGGACUGGCUCUGCCCGUCUUGCGGCGACCACCAGUUCGCCAGGAACAUCCCCUGCCGCAAGUGUGGCGCCGCCCGGCCGCUCGGCGGGGGCGGCUGCAUGAUGGUGAGCGGCCAGCCGGUCGCCCUGCAGAUGAGGCCGGGCGACUGGCAGUGCCCAGGAUGCGGCGACCACGUGUUCGCGAAGAAUCCCGUCUGCCGCAAGUGCCAGACCCCGAAUCCCAACGGGCCUACUGUCGGGCUGCCCUGCGGAGGUGGCCCCGCCGCCAUCACGCCGAAGCCAGGCGACUGGUCCUGCCCCGCGUGUGGCGACCUCGUCUUCGCCAGGAACAGCGCCUGCCGGAGGUGCGGCACGCUGAAGCCGCCGCUGGACGCGUCAGGCAUUUGA